AUGUCUGAAGAUGAAGAAAAAGUGAAAUUACGGCGUCUUGAACCAGCUAUCCAGAAAUUUACUAAGAUAGUAAUUCCAACAGAUCUGGAGAGGUUAAGAAAGCACCAGAUAAAUAUUGAGAAGUAUCAGAGGUGCAGAAUAUGGGACAAGUUGCAUGAAGAGCAUAUCAAUGCAGGACGUACAGUUCAGCAACUCCGCUCCAAUAUCCGAGAAAUGGAGAAGCUUUGCUUGAAAGUGCGAAAGGAUGACCUAGGACUUCUGAAGAGAAUGAUAGAUCCUGUUAAAGAAGAAGCAUCAGCGGCAACAGCAGAAUUUCUCCAGCUCCAUCUGGAAUCUGUAGAAGAACUUAAGAAACAAUUUAAUGAUGAAGAAACUUUUUUACAGCCUUCUUUGACCAGAUCCAUGACUGUUGGUGGAACAUUUCACAGUACUGAAGAUGAAGCUGAUCCUCAGAAUAUGACUCAGAUUUAUGCAUUGCCUGAAAUUCCUCGAGAUCAAAAUGCUGCAGAAUCAUGGGAGACCUUAGAAGCGGACUUAAUUGAACUCAGCCAACUGGUCACUGAUUUCUCUCUCCUAGUGAAUUCUCAGCAGGAGAAGAUUGACAGCAUUGAGGACCAUGUCAACAGUGCUGCUGUGAAUGUUGAAGAGGGAACCAAAAACUUGGGGAAGGCUGCAAAAUACAAGCUGGCAGCCCUGCCGGUGGCAGGCGCACUCAUCGGAGGAGUGGUGGGGGGCCCGAUCGGCCUCCUCGCAGGCUUCAAAGUGGCAGGGAUUGCAGCUGCACUUGGGGGUGGGGUGCUGGGCUUCACAGGUGGAAAACUGAUACAAAGAAGGAAGCAGAAAAUGAUGGAGAAGCUCGCUUCCAGCUGUCCGGAUCUCCCCAGCCAAACUGACAAAAAGUGCAGUUAA